AUCUUUGUCAACACUAGGCAUAAGACCUUUUUCACUUUUCUAUACUGUUUAUUAUCAUUUUCUAUCUCCAUCUUGUUCUCCAACAACUCAAAAGCUGAAGCAUCUCAAAAGAUGGGGUUGCUCUUUCAGCACAGCAAGAGUGGUUCCUAGAUCCUUUUCCACUUCUCACUUCAGUUAAGACUUGGGAUUGAACUUUUCACCUCAUUGCCUUAUAUGAUAUCCCGUCUUCGUUCGAAUGGUUUCAUAACAAAGGCAUGGCUGUUGUUGUUGAUCGGCCUAAAAAGGAGAUGAUUCCAGGAAUUGGAAUCAGAAAGUCAGAAAGCUUACUUCUUUCGGGAAACAGUCUUGCCUCUGUUGAAUCUUUAUCCUUGCCUCUUAACAGGUCCAAGAUGUUGUUCUAUCAGCAGAUAUUGGAUGUGCGGAAUGUCAAAAGAGAGUAGCUGAAAUAAUGUCUAGACUGAAUGAGAUACAGUCAGUGGUGGUGAGUUUAUUGGAGAAGAAGGUGACACUAACAUGUAGGUAUGCAAGUGUUGGUAAAGCAUCCACACAACAAAUUGCUACCAUCUAUAGAAAACCUCUUGGCAAAGUUGCCAUGAUCAAACGGAUAUUCUGCUCUUCUCGGUGAUUACAAGCAGAGAGGAUCCAACAAGCCAAGGAAAACCUAUAUUUCAUAAUACUCCUGAGAUUGAUAAGGCCAUGUCUAUACAAGCUUCAAUGUACAUUGAUGUCGAAUAAAUCAAAUAUGUAGUUUCUUCUUGGAUGAUUGAGUCAAUUAUGCGGUUGGUUUCUGCUUUUGCUUGUGACUAAAGAUAGAGGGAGAGAUGAGUUUGUUUUGUGCAACAUAAAACCUUUAGAAACAAGAAAGAGAUGCUUCAUUGUGUUGCAUAAGUUAAGGCAAAACCAAAGCACAAGCAGAAAGUAAUGCUUGCCCUUGUCGCUAUGAUAUGAAAUAAACAAGGCUUGAACAUGAAGUUAGGGAUAAUAAGCUAGGAGCUAAUAAAUAAAACCCUCUUUCCCCACGUCGCAAAGAAUCGGAUUCCAAAAUGAAGGAAAAGAAUUUCCCAAAGACAAUUCCACAAAUUGAAAUAUGAGCAGCUGUUGGUCCAUGAUGCUCUUCCAGAUCAUCAGCUUCCGUCAAGAUUUUUUUUUUUUUUUUUCCCUGUGUACACCUCUAUCAAAUCCUGUCAAUUCCAGGUUCAUGCCAGGAAAGUAUUAUUGCAUGCUGAUGAGGAUCAAUGUUGACUGCAAUGCUUGCUACAGGAAAUUGAGGAGAAUCAUUCUAAACAUGAAAGAAAUAGAUUCAAAUUUGAUAGAGCAGCAGCAGUGCAGGGUGUGUGUGUGUGGGAUAUUUAAACCAUCGGAUGUGGCAGUAAAGAUAAAAAAGAAGAUGAAUCGUAGAGUCGAAAUUCUGGAAAUUCAAGAGAUCAACGAAGAAGUACGGGGAAAUAACACGGCUGUUGGCUAACUGUUGUUGAUGAUGGGUGUUUUGAGGUCUGUGUUAAUUUAACAAGUCUGAACAAGGCAGAAUCUUUAGAAGGUUUGGCAAUCCUAGGUUUCACAGAACAUUGGGAUAUUACUAAUUUGACAUAAUCCAAUCUUAGUAUAUAUAAAAUGGGAAGUUUAACUUUCAUGGGUUAGAAGUUAGAUGUGCAAUAGAGAUGUCAACUGCAAAACAGAACAUUCAGAAUGUAACAUGAACAUAGUGCAUAUACAGUAGUUACAAACAA